AUGGCCUCAAUUGCAAGCUCAACGCUACCCUAUGUUAUUCAAGGUCAUAGAGAGCCGAGUCGGUUGGGUGAUCUGGAUAAUGAUAUUGAUGCCUCUACCCCUUGCUCUGUCAGUCGCAGGGCAAGCGUGGCUCAGGGUAUGGCGUUGUUAACUGUCUGGGAACGGUCAUUGAGGGCCUCAUAUAGCGCAAAAUCUGGUUUCAAUAACAGGGAUAAAAAGGAGACGGCCGAGAAUAUUCAUAAUACUAGUUCACAAUCAGCUGUUGCGGCCCUUCAAUCGUUCUCCGAGUCAGUAAAACAUGAUUCAGGCGAGGACGAAAGCACCACCCUAUUAGAUGGCACUGUGAAUGGCCAUUUUGGGCCACUUUGGGGAACGGUCUGCCUCGCCAUGGGGGUCAAUCUACAGCAAACAUCAUAUGUGUUUAUUUUGAAUCACGCCAAAGCGGUACUGAGCGCUGCUGUGAGAUCGUCAGUUAUGGGUCCCUACCAAGCCCAAGAAAUACUGGCUAGCGAAGUUCUACAAGAUCUGAUUUGGCAGUUGAUCGAAAAGGAAUGGUAUACGAAACCAGAAGAUGCCGGUCAGAUCGCACCAGUGAUUGAUUUGUGGAUGGGGCGACAUGAACUUCUCUACAGCAGAAUAUUCAAUUCAUGA